AUGGCUGCUCGUCCCCAGAACAUCGGUAUCAAGGCCAUUGAGGUCUACUUCCCCACCCAGUGUGUCGACCAAGUCGAGCUGGAGAAGUACGAUGGCGUCUCCGCCGGAAAAUACACCAUCGGUCUCGGCCAGACCAAGAUGAGCUUCUGCGAUGACCGCGAGGAUAUCUACUCCAUGUCCCUCACCGUCCUCUCCUCCCUCAUGAAGAAGUACAACAUCGACCCCAACUCCGUGGGAAGACUCGAGGUUGGCACUGAGACCCUUCUGGACAAGUCCAAGUCCGUGAAGUCUGUUCUGAUGCAGCUGUUUGCUCCCCACGGAAACACCAACAUCGAGGGUGUUGACAACGUCAAUGCUUGUUACGGUGGUACCAACGCUGUUUUCAACAGCAUCAACUGGCUCGAGUCCUCCGCCUGGGAUGGCCGUGAUGCCGUUGUCGUCUGCGGUGAUAUUGCUCUCUAUGCCGCUGGUGCUGCCCGCCCCACUGGUGGUGCUGGCUGUGUCGCCAUGGUCAUCGGACCCGACGCCCCUAUCGUCUUCGAGGCCGGUCUCCGUGCCUCCUACAUCACCCACGCCUACGACUUCUACAAGCCCGACCUUACCAGCGAGUACCCCGUUGUUGAUGGCCACUACUCCCUCCGCUGCUACACCGAGGCUGUUGAUGCCUGCUACAAGGCCUACGAUGCCCGCGAGAAGACACUGAAGGCCCAGACCAACGGCACCAACGGCACCAACGGUGCUAUCGACGAGUCCCUGUCCCCUCUGGACCGUUUCGACUACAUCCUGUUCCACGCCCCCACCUGCAAGCUCGUUCAGAAGUCCUACGCCCGUAUGCUCUACAACGACUACUUGGCCACCCCUCGCACCCCGCUUUCGCCGAGGUUGCUCCCGAGCUCCUCUCUGACCGACAAGGUCGUUGAGAAGACCUUCAUGGGUCUCACCAAGAAGCGCUUCGCUGAGCGUGUCAACCCUGGUCUUCAGGUCGCUACCCAGUGUGGUAACAUGUACACUGCCACCGUCUACGGCGGUCUCGCCAGUCUGCUCAGCUACGUCGCUUUCGACCCCAAGGAGGUCAAGCGCAUCGGUCUGUUCAGCUACGGUUCCGGUCUUGCCAGCUCUCUGUUUAGCGCCAAGAUUGUCGGCGAUGUCUCCUACAUGGUCGAGAAGCUCGACCUUCAGAAGCGUCUCGAGGCCCGCACUAUUCUCGAGCCUGCUGCUUACGAUGCUAUGUGCACCCUCCGUGAGCACGCUCACCUGAAGAAGGAUUUCAAGCCUGCUGGCAAGGUCGAGACCAUCCAGUCCGGUGUCUACUACCUGACUGAGGUGGACGACAUGUUCCGCCGCAAGUACGAGAUCAAGGCUUAA